GCGCGCAAAGGCUUUUCCAUUUUCUUUGCAGUGUGUCCCUUGUGGGCCAUCGUAGUCACCAGCUCACCUGGCAGCGCAGAAAAACCAUCCCAAAAUCCUAGAGAGCUUAGCUGAACGAGGUGUUGAUAUUGAAAGUGGUGACAAGAAUGGAAAACGACCAGUACAUUAUGCUACAAUGCAUGGCGGUUUAGAGUGUCUGGUAAAAUUACUACAGUGUGACUGUGAUACAUCAAUCCGCGACCAUUCAGGUUGCAUGGCGGCUCACUAUGCCGCAGCUUAUAACCACAUUGAAUGCCUGCGUUUUUUAGUAAAGCAUGGUGCUGCCUUCAGCAGCUUGGAUUCAUCAGGAAAAACAUUAGCCCAUAGUGCUGCUCAGAAUGGGGCCAUGACAUCCCUUCAUUGGCUACUUGAAAAAGGUGCAGAGACAAAUGAUAAAGAUGGCAAUGGUAAUACACUUGGACACCUUGCAGCUGCAGGUGGACAUGCAAAGUGUUUCAACUGCUACCUCCAGCAUGGUGGUAGUUUAGAAUUAACCAAUAAACGAAAUGAAACAGUGUUGGACAUUGCAAGGAGAUUUGGACAUCCACUGCUUAUGAACAGGGCCUAUAGUAAUGAAGUUGUGUGUGUACAUUGUAAAGAUAAGUCAGAGUUAAUCAACUGGGAAAAGUCCCAUCAACCAACCAGAGUUCAAAGGUCGAUGAACAGCACUUUGAAGACUUCAUACAAAACACCACUUCCAACUAGACAAAAAUCAGCACAAUUGGAUGCAAGCAAAAAAUCUUGGAAGGACCAAAAACAUAAAAAUAAGGAUGAACAAAAUGAAACUGAAUUACCACCUAGGGAUUUAGCUGCACGAUAUUUUAUUGCUUGAAGAGGAAGAGUUCAAUUUAUUUAUAAGAGAACUAAGCUUAUAACUUGGUUUAUAUCAUUUGUUUUUUUUAAUUAAAUAAAUUUGCAAUUUUUUCAAAUUUUGUGUCUCAUUGAAAAGUGAUAACUAAAAUUGUUAUCAUUGUGAAAGAGUUAAUUACAGUAGAACCCCUGUUAAGGGGACACCUUCGGGACCAAAAAAAGUGUCCCCUUAAUAGGGGUGUCCCCUGAAUAGGUAUGUUGUAGAAGUGGUUUGGUACAGUGGGAACGAUAUGAUUUCCCAACCUCGACUUUGGGGUUUCAAUCCCUCACUGUACUGUACAUUUCGGGUGUGUCCUUGAGCUGAGGCACUUUAUCUGUAUUGCUUCUCCUAUAAUCACCUGUCUUGUUGGGCUCGUAGGUAGAUCAUACAGGCCCAUAUGGUACAUGUUAUGCCCUCCCAAUUUCAUCAAACUAUCACUGCAUGGGUUCUCUCCACCCAGGAGUAUAAAUGGGUACCUGCUGCGGUUGUCUACUCCUGCAAUGUUUUGUGUUUACAAAGAAAAGGCGCUGUAUAAAUAAUAUAAAUAAUAAUAAUGAUGUUAAAUUAUAACAUUGAAUGAAUUGUUCUUACUUUGAGACUGCUGUAGUUGUUGUGACUCAAUGAUAAAAAAAAUUAAGUGUCCCCUUAAUAGGGGUUAUUUGACCAUUUGACACACUUAGAAACUGUCCCUGUCCCCUUAGUAGGCGUUGGCUGUAGUGUUAAAAGAUAUAUUUCCCCUCGUUUCACGGAAAAGUGUCCCCUUAAUAGGGGUGCCCCCUGAAUAGGGGUGUCCAAAAGGAGGGGUUCUACUGUAUUUGGUUUUUAUAUUUUACCAAAGAUGGAUUAAUAAUUAUUGUUAUGUAGGAUUUAAAGUUUGCUUAUAUUAUACACUACAAUAAACAAAAGUAGAAAGAUUAUGUAAGCAUCACUUGAACAAGAUACAAGUUCACAAAAUUUGUUUAUAAAGAUUUUGUAGUGAAGACAUUGUUUUUUAUUUUUUUACACCCUGUUCCCAAUCAUGGUAAUUAGCAUUUUAAUAUUUUUAUAUCAAGAUAUUAAUCAAUUUUCUUUAAGUUUGCUUAAAUUAUGCCUUUUUUGAUUCAUCAUGAUUAAUUAAUGAGAUAAUUUCUAAAAUUGUCAAAAUCUGCUCAUUAAUUGAAUUAUAUUGUCAGGCCUACCCAUGUUUUUUGUAUUUUUCUAUUUGUUAUUAUUUGGUUACACCAUUUGUUGUUGAAUCGAAUUGAAUUUCAUUCAGGAUUGUAUUGUAGUAACUAUUGGUCAUAGAAACUAGAUGUGCAGGUACUGAUGUAUUUCUUAUAAAAUAUAUUUGAAAUAAAAAUGUGAGUGUGACUCAUUCAAUUUAA